CUCGCUAAAUUUCUGGAACUUGACUCUUAAAAUCUUCCUCCUCAAACGACUCCUUCCCUGUGCCCAGGUGAAUGGAGCGAGGCCCUUUACCCCCUGCUGACCACCCUCACAGACUGCGUGGCCAUGAUGAGCGACAAGGCCAAGAAGGCGAUGGUCUUCCUGCUUAUGCAGGACAGUGCUCCCACCAUAGCCAUGUACCUGAGCCUGCAAUACCGCCGUGAUGUGGUCUUCUGCCAAACCCUGACUGCUCUCAUCUGUGGCUUCAUCAUCAAGCUGAGGAACUGCCUGCAUGACGACGGCUUCCUGCGGCAGCUCUACACCAUCGGGCUGCUGGCCCAGUUCGAGAGCCUGCUGAGCACCUACGGUGAGGAGCUGGCCAUGCUGGAGGACAUGAGCCUUGGAAUCAUGGACCUGAGGAACGUGACCUUCAAAGUCACUCAGGCCACGUCUAAUGCAUCGACUGACAUGCUGCCUGUCAUCACUGGAAAUCGUGAUGGGUUUAACGUGCGGAUCCCACUACCGGGCCCCCUGUUCGACGCGCUGCCCCGGGAGAUCCAGAGCGGCAUGCUGCUGCGGGUGCAGCCCGUCCUCUUCAAUGUGGGCAUCAACGAGCAGCAGACACUGGCCGAGAGGUUUGGCGAUACAUCUUUACAAGAAGUUAUCAACGUGGAAAGUUUGGUGCGGUUAAACUCCUACUUUGAGCAGUUUAAAGAGGUUUUGCCUGAGGACUGCCUACCUCGAUCUCGGAGCCAGACGUGCCUGCCGGAGCUGCUGCGUUUUCUGGGCCAGAAUGUACACGCCAGGAAGAAUAAGAACGUCGACAUUCUCUGGCAAGCCGCUGAGAUCUGCCGCCGCCUUAACGGGGUCCGGUUCACCAGCUGCAAGAGCGCCAAGGACCGCACGGCCAUGUCGGUGACGCUGGAGCAGUGCCUGAUCCUGCAGCACGAGCACGGCAUGGCCCCGCAGGUGUUCACCCAGGCGCUGGAGUGCAUGCGCAGCAUUGGAACACGGGAGGUAGUCACCCAGAAGAACUUGAGCGGCCUGGUGCCCAUCCGAGACUUAAGACUAGAUCCCAGCCUCCUCUGUUCCAUCCCUUUGUUAGCCCUGAGCCCCAAUUUACUGAUUGUGUGGCUCUUCCUGAGCAUAGCAUACCUGGUGACCAAAUUGCGUUGCAAAUGAGUACCAUUGCGAAAAUCAGUACUAAGUCACAAGAAAAACAAAAGUGCCAGAAUAUGUCCAGCCACCUGUGUACCUAACUGGACAGAAGGAAUGUGUCAGAGCGUGGUCUGCCAAGAAAUAUUUCAUGCCUUACAGUUUGACGUUCUGUUGUUCUGAACUGUAAAUACCUGCCAAAUUAUUUCACCGAGAGGACUCGUGCGUUUAAAUUCCAUCGAGUUUUCAGUGCUUGUAACACGUUCUUACAGUGCCCUGUUACUGCAUUGUUUAGCUGGCCUGGAGUUGUACCAAAUCUCUCACCUUCUGAUGUAAAACUAUUUAUUACCUGUAUAUCUCCUGUGCCCUGUUUCCGAGAGAAGGGGAUUCUGUCUGAAGAGAAUUUGUAUAUUUGAUACUGUUCUUUCAUGUACUGCUAACCUUUCCUUUCCUUUUGAAGAGAAACGAAAAGGAUAGAUAGAUGCUUUAUAACCGGCUCAUCUAGAUCAACCUAUUUAAUAGGACAUGUACUUUUUGCUUUCAUUUCAAAGCGUAGUCCCUGAACUCACAGUAGCAAACACUUUGCAGAAUCAUAACAUUCCUCGCUUGUGUUUAUGAUUUCCAGUUUGAGACGACACAAAGCUGUGACCGCAGUUGCACAUUGUACCAAGUCAGGCACAUUAAAAUAACAUACUGCAUGUGACUUAUGAUUUACUCUUUGAAAUCUUUAAGGAUCACUAAACUGGUUACAGGAAUUAGUGCAUAUAGGAACAAAAGGCUCAUUUGGGAAUUUGUUUUUCACGAAGCAGUAUUUUUCAUUUUAAAAAAUCAAAUGUGGUUAAUAAUGAUAAUUUUGAAAAUCAAAAAAAAAAAAAAAAUCCCCAAACAGAGGCCUAACCUUUGGGCACUUGUGGCAGAUGGAACUGUGAGAGAGAAGGCGUUGCUUGGGUCUGCGCUCUUAGCACUCUUCAUGUAACAUGGAAAUGCCCAGAAAACAAGGUUGUUCAUAACCUUAACUUUCACAUUUGGCAGAAGAGUAAUUGAAUGUCUGUAAAGGUAACAGAAUAAAUUAGGGGGAAAUUUCCAUGGAUUCUGUAUAAGAAAUUCUCAGUGGCUUCUCUGUUUUCCAGCCCAAACCAUGCUGUACUUCUGUUUUUGACCGCCAGCUGGUUCCCCAUACACUGGAUUUUAUGAAAGUGGAUUUCUUUUUACCAGUCUAGAAAAAUCAGAGUGAAUUUAGAGAAGCUGUCUUUUCCAGAAACUUUACUCCCAUGCAUACACACAGACCCAGUCCACCACAAAAUCUGCCCUCUCGCUUCCCUCCCCCAAGAUGUCCAGAACUUACUCUGGGACUUCUCUGGUUUGGCAUCAGUUCUGAGUCCACGUUCUAGGAAUGGUAGAAGCGGUUAGCAACGAAUAACAAAUGCCAGACUCAGGCUUUAAAUCCUAAGACUGUCCUUCUCACACCCCUGGGAGGCCCUUCUUUCCUAGACCCUCUGAGCACUGCAGGAGCCUUAGGGCAGGGUUCCUACCUGUAGUUCGGGAAGCCAGUCUUCUCACGAGUGCCAUAUGGCCACUCUGUCUUUUCUGGAACAACUGAGGUGGCCGUACUGGGGCAUAGCUCCUGACACUCUUCAGUAGGGAGUCUCACCGGGUGCCAAGUGACAGGUGGUGUUAAGUUGUAGCAACACAACACUAGUCACUGUCUGAUCCGUGAUUCUUUGAGAGGUAUGUUCACCUCCUGCCUCCUUCAGAUUGAGGUGCAUGCAUCAGCGCUCCAAGAUUUGAAAGAGAGAAAGUAGAGUCCACAGGCCCUUCCAGCUCCCAUUCCACAGCUUCCCAGUCCCUGCCCUGGUUCAAGUGCUCCUGAUGCCCCAUGGGGGUGACACGUGCCUGUGCCCACCUCCAGGCCUGGCCGAGACUAUGCACCCAUGAGGGAGGCCCUUCUGACUACCGAUAGCGCCCCCUCCGCUCCCCGGGCCUGUGGGUGUUCCUGUGCCACUCCCCAGAGACUCCUCCCAGGAUGCACCGCCCCCCCCAGCAAAGGGAGGCCGUGGCCAGCUAGAGAGGCCCCUCUGAGCCUGCUCCUCACUGCCAGGAUGCCAGCCAGGCCUUCCUGCCCUGUGGAGGUUGGAAAGGAGAGAAGAUAAGGUUCUUUGUUUUUCUCUUCAGGGGCUGAGCCAAAAGGCCGUACAUUCUAGCUGUCUCUGGUCAUGAGGGCUAGCGCAAGAAAGAAGGCCAGGAGAUCGGCCUAGGCUCUGAAUUGUUGUCGCCGUCUUUCUUCAGAACAUCUGAGGAAAGAGACUCAUUGUGCUCGCCCUUUGUGCUGAGUUUUACCAACACUAAGGCUUUCUGCUUAGGAAAUCAGACUAAAUAUAUAUCUGAAAAUCUUUUCUGCUUUAGUGAGAAAUAGACUGGAUGAAACAAACAUGGGAAGAUGAUUCACAAGAGGGGAGUCUGGUAUUGGGUGAUGGUUUUCAGGCUGCUUCUGAGGCGGCGCUAGCACCGGGAGGGACAUUGUCAGUGGCCACCAACACGAGAUACUCAGUAUCACUAGACCCCAGUGCGUCCAGACGAGUUCCGAAGGGGAAGAUCCACAGCAGAAAGGGAGAACCAGAGGAGUCCCCCAAAUUAGUUGUCAUCUGGGUUUCCAUUCUAAAUUCUCAUUCAAAAAAUGGAUGUCCUUGAAAAGAAAGCAUUUAUCUACAGAAUAAAAAAUAAUGGUGGAGCUUUGAAAUAGUUAAAUCCCUCUUUCUGACAUCUAUCCAAGACCUUUUUCAAUGUGUGCUAUUGGCACCUAAGAACUCUGCAGCCGAUGAGCUGGAUGAAAGUGUUCUACCUUAGGGACGGAAGCCUGGCCCCUGCGGCAGGAAAGUCCAGUUAGCACGGACACCCUCUCCCCUCCGCAGACUUCAGUCUCACGCACUGACACCGAGCUUGUGCAAGCAAGUCACGACAGGGUCGGUGUGCCAUCAGCCUCAGCAGUCAGGUUUUGUAAAUUCACAACAUUUGAGGGAAAGUAGAUACGAUUUGCUUUAAAAAUUAAAAUUGCAUUGAAAGGGUAAUCAUGAUUACAAUUCCGUGUAUCGCAUAUUCAGCCAGUUAAACCAGUAAGUAGUUUCUUUAAUAUCUGUAAAUAAAAGAUAAUGCCGAAGUUGACAAAUUCUUCUUCUUUGCUCCUCAAAGCAGUUUGGCAUUUACUACUGAUAGGUGGUCCUUGAAAAGUGUGUCCAUUUCUAUAUAAAUAGAGAAGCCAUAUCUGAAAUAGUUUGAUAACGUGAGAGCUUCCAAAGAUUAAAUAAGACUAACUGUGCAUAGGAACCUAUAGCUUCUGCUUUAAAUGGAAUUAUAUUUUUAUCUGAUUACUGGAUGUUAGACAAACAUGAUCGUUCUUUACUCUAGGGGCUCCCUGCUCGUAUGGCCUAGGCGCAUUCAGUUCAGAUGACACACGUCUCGCUGAGGGUUUGAGGCUCUGGUGACAAGAAAGCAUAGCUGAGUUACUAAAGUACUUAAUAACAAGCAGGUGGAUACUUUUCUAAAAUACCUGAGCUUAUCUUUUGAAUAAAAUUACUCUUACCAAAAAUAUUUUACAUGUUCUUGAUAACGAGACUGUCAUUUUCACUUUAAAAGGCUUAAGCAAUUGCCACUGAUAUUUUUUUAAGAUGCAUGACAUAAUGGUCUUCAUACGAUUUGAAAUAUUUUUUUUAAAUCACUAUUUCUUGGUAACUCCAGAUUUUACAUCUCAUAAUGGGGAUUUUUGUACUAAAUUUGAUAACUAGUCGAUUUAAUUGCUAGUCUAAGAAUAAUAUAAAAAUGUAAACUUCUACUGUGCUUAUAGGAAGUCAUUUAUAUUUAGAACCGCUUUUGCCUGUUAAUUUGAUGUCUACAGCAGAACAUUUCCCAGAGAACUCCCCUGAUGCUCUCACUUGGGAAUGUGAAGCCUGCCUGAUGGCUCAUCCUCCUGUUCAGCAUUUGCUGUGCCCCCCUGGGUUGCCAUGACAACCCUCCAUCUAAUACAGUUGGGGGUGACGCUGGGAGCGGGUUCUCUAGGGAAGGGCACUUGUGGGCUCUCCCUGGCUUCGUGGUAUGCGUAUCUGUAUCUCCUACAGUGAGAGGUGACCACAAUGAGGACAGCCCACAUGGAGAAGGCGGCCAUGGGGAGAUCUCAGUGGGAUCACUCCUUCAUGACACUCCUAGCCCUGAGAGCUGUUGCAGACCCAGCGUGCCAUUGCAUGGGCUCCCUGAUAGCUUAUUUGCACCCAGGACAGCUGUCUCCUCGUGGGGAUGGCAUGUUAGAGCAGCCUUCUCAGCCAGAUGGCUUUGCUACAUACCGAGUUCUGCAAGGAACAUGAGCAUUUUGAGUUUGAAGUGAUUAAUAGCCAGUCCUAACACAGAAAAAUGCAGCUCUUGGAAAGCUUUGGUAAGAGUAGCACCAUUUCUCGUUCCAUUUAAUUUGCGAGGUAACAGAACGUUUGAACCGCUAGUUAUGAUCGAGUCCUCAAAUUACUUGACACGACACACGUGAAAACCAUUCACUGAAAAACAAAAGUUUGCUUCUACUUAGAUACAGCGCUGCCUCUGGAAAUGCCAGACUCGCAGUCCCAUCCAGCAUGUGUCCAUGUCUGUGCUUCUUAGUUGCCUUCCUCGUUCAGAAGCCCGCCAUCUUGCGUGCAUAUUGUAAAUGAGUCCGGCACCCAUUUGAAUUAACAUUUUUUUUUAAUGCUAUGAAAAUAAUCAAUUCAUUUCAUCUUAGUUUAAGUCUUUUCUUUUUUCCUUUUUUACUGCUGUCAUUUCUUGUGCUUGUUUUUUUCCCCAGUGAGGGUUGUCGAAGAGAAAAUACAAUGAAGAAUGUUGGAAGUCGCAAAUAUGCAUUUAAUUCCCUGCAGCUGAAGGCUUUCCCC